GUUUAUGUUUUUGAAUUUUCGUCGGAACUAUACUGUGAUACAUCGAUCGAAUUAAAAAAAAAAAGAAGAAACAUGCUGCGUAUUGUGUCUGUUCUCGCCGUGGUCGCAGUUGUGUCUGCGUCGCCGAAACCCGGCAUCGACGUCUUCCAAAUUGACAUCGAGCCCGAAGAAGCACAGAAGUACUUAAACAGCCCACCAUUCACAGAUCCUCAAUUAGCUGGCCGCACCGCUGUCUUACCAUUGAUCAAAUACAACGACCCGAGGUUUCGCACAGUUGAAGCAGGCCCCACUCUUGGACACUACUGGAAGAACGGAAAGGAAAUCGAGAAUACUGAGGACUACGUUGAAGAAGUAUACGAUGCGUCCCAAUACCACGGACAAGACGGUCUAGGUGCAUAUGCCUACGGAUACCAAACUCCCGAAUCUGCGAAGGUCGAAAAUCGCGUCAGAUCCGGAGACGUCACCGGCUCGUAUAUCUACAAGGACGGCAAAAACGAUCUCAUCAAGGUACGUUACUGGUCAGACCGUGACGGUUUCCACCAGGAAGACAACUUACCUAAGGUCGAGCUGAAACAAGUAGAAGAGGCUCCAGAUGUGAGGGCUGCACGUAUUGCUCACGAAAAAGCAUGGCAAGAAGCUGCUGCCGCUGCUGCACAACAGCCCGACCCUCAAUACGCUCUCAAAGCUCUUCCUAAGGAUUAUUACCAGCAGACCUACAAAGCCCUUCCAAGUGAUUAUUACCAACCACAAGCAUCCGAACAACAAGCAUCAGUAGUGGCCCCACCUAAUAGCCAGCCCAGAGAAGGCAAGGCCUAUCAGAGCCAAGGCAGCUACGUUCCAAACCAAGGCAGCUAUAAUCAGGGCCAAGGCGAUUAUGGCCAAAAUCUAGGCAGCUACGGGCCAAAUCAAGGCAGUUACGGUCAAAACGAUGGCAGCUAUAAUCCAAACCAAGGAAGCUACCAAACCGGUCAAGGAUUCACCGGAAAGCCUCUAAAUGAAAAAUACGAAGAGCCCGAACCAACCGGUCCACCACGGGGCUUCUUCUACAGUUUCACCUACCCAGUCUCCAGUAUCGUCCUGAAGAGUGAUCUGCAAGGAGGAUCGGCACCAACUAGAUAUCCAGCCGACAAAGACACCAUUUCCGUCGGUGGCUACAAUUCUUAAGAAACCGUUUGAGGAAGACAUGACACUAACUAGGCUUAAAUGAUUUUGAAAUUAAUGAGUAUUUUUAAAAUAAAAGCUGCGUGGUUAAAUUUAAUUUUGGGUGACCUUUUAGUGUUAUUUUGAUCAAAAUUGAAAUUGCACUAAAAAAAACAUUUUAUUGGCUUAAAGUUUUAACUCCGGUCGACGAUUUAAUACUUCACAACAUAAAUUAAAUAAGUUUAAAUACUUGUUAGUUUGUUUUUUGGUCGACAACUUAGCAUCAUGAUUUUAAAACUAAGUAAAAAUUUGAAAAGAAUAACACAGUAAAAUGUUAAUAAAUACAAUGUUUUUUUUUAACUCAAACCAUGUAUAAGUCAUUAUUUUGGUACAAGACUUUUUGUACUCGCACCAUUUUAUGUAUUACAUUUACAAAGUAGUAAUUGUAAGCUAUUUGUAUGUGUUACAGCUCAUUACCAAUUUAGAAUUCGAUUUGUAGUUCCGUGUCAUUGUAAAAGUUGAAUUCGUUGCCAUUUUCGUAGCAAUGUAGGUUAAUUUAGUUUUUAAUAUCUAUUCAAUGUAAAGCGAUAUAUACUUUCAUAAUAAAAUACAGGGAAUA